CCGUGUUGUGAACCUCAGUGUUGACAAUCCGUUCAGAGAGGAGAGACGUUUCCUCUUCCUCUCUCUCUCUCUCACGCUUCACUCUCCAUUUCUCCUCAGGAAUUGUUAUUCGUUAUCGUGCUGAGAGGACCAGCAGUGAAGGAUGAAGUUCUUACUAUAUUUAGCCCUUGUUCGGUCCCUGCUUGUGCAUGGCAGAGCAUCUUGGGGCAACGUUGACUGGGACGUGAUCAUCUUCACCCAGCAGUGGCCCAUCACCAGCUGUAUCAACCACCUGGCUCACAAUCCCAAAGCCUCCUGUAACCUGUUUCCAAAUAUGACAUCGUGGACUGUGCAUGGCAUAUGGCCCACUAAAUUAGGCACAAUUGGCCCAAAUUACUGCAACAAGUCGUGGGAUUUCCAGGAGUCAGAAAUCCUCAACAUUGAGCCUUACUUGAUAAAGUAUUGGGGCAACAUUUUUGGUGAGGAUUCGCGUACUUCCCUCUGGAGCCAUGAGUGGAAGAAGCAUGGGACCUGUGCUGCUCAGCUGCCGUCACUCAACUCUGAAAAGAAGUAUUUUGAAAAAGGCCUGGAAUGGGUGACACAGUAUGACUAUGUAGCUGUAUUGGGGCAGCACAAAAUCUAUCCAGAUGAUGUCCAGACGUACACAAGAGAGGCCAUAUUUGCAGCAGUUAAGGACAUGUUUGGCGUGGAUCCUUCCAUUGACUGCAUCUAUAAUAAGAAAACAAAACAGCAUGAAUUGUCCCAGAUCAAGUUGUGUUUCGACCGUUCGCUGCAUUUGGUAGAUUGCGAUGGCAUCAUUGGUGGGAAUGAAGCGAAAGUCCUUGGAAAUUGCCCUCAUAAAGGGAUUACAUACCCAGCAUCAGUGAG